UCUUUACAAAAAUCUCACAACCUCAAAGAUUGUGGAGAGUGUGUUUGUGUUUGUGUUUGUGACUUUUUUGUGUUUGACUGUCUGUGCUGCUCAGCUGAUCAAAUAAGAAGAAGGAUGGCAGGACAUCAGUGCUGCUCUAACCCACCAACUUUAGACCCAAGUGCUGGAGCUGGCCAUGUUGAACAACUCUGUGGUCUCAGCACCUAUGUCACUGGCUCCCCUAAUGCCAAGCAUGCCAUCAUUCUCAUCUCUGACAUCUUUGGAUAUGAAGCUCCAAAAUUGAGGAAGCUUGCAGACAAGGUUUCAGCUGCUGGAUAUUAUGUGGUAGUUCCUGACUUCAUACGAGAACCCUUUGUGCUCGAAGAUAUUGCUAAUAAUCCUCUAGAAGUUUGGUUGAAGGAUCAUGGAACGGAUAAAGGAUUUGAAGAGGCAAAGCCAAUAAUUGAAACUUUGAAAAGUAAAGGUGCUUCUUCAGUUGGGGCUGCAGGCUUUUGCUGGGGUGGUAAGGUUGUGGUUGAACUUUCAAAAGUUGAACUUAUCCAAGCUGCAGUGAUAUUACAUCCUGCAUGGGUAACAGUGGAUGAUAUCAAGGGUGUUAAGGUUCCCAUUGCAGUACUAGGAGCUGAAAUUGACCAUAUUGCUCCACCCGAACUCUUGAAACAAUAUGAUGAGGCCUUAACUUCUCAAUCUAAGGUGGAUUUCUAUGUCAAGAUAUUUCCAAAAGUCUCACAUGGGUGGACAACUAGGUACGAGGAUGAAGAUGAAGUAGCUGUGAAGUCUGCUGAGGAGGCCCAUCAGAACCUGUUGGACUGGUUUGCCAAGUAUAUUAAGUGACAAUGUCAAAUUAGCUACUUUUGUGCUACGCCUGGGUUUUAUAUUAUUAUAUGAGUUACAGUGUGUACCUUAGUCUAAUAUUGUUCUUUCCAAAUGUUUGGGAGUAAUAAAACUUCAAUAUGUAAUAUGUAAUAGUCUGAUCAAAUCAAUUUGUGAAUAAUUGGUAAAAGUUGCAAACUUUAUCUGAAAGCAUGGUUGUACUACUA